CAACCUCUUCUUCUUCUUCUUCUUCCUCCUCCUCAAAUACCCAUUCGUGCCACAGCCACUCCUGCUUCGUCUUCUCCCCUUGAUCCCAAUCCCAAUCCAUGGCGUCCUCCGAGCUCACCUACCGCGGCCAGCAGCACGACGCCCAGCAGCCAGCACCCCUUGACGACAACAACAACAACAAGCCACGGAAGCCGACGAUGCCGAUGCCGGCCCUGCGGUACGUGCUGGGCGAGCAGCGCCUUGCCUUCGCCAUGGCCGGCAUGGCCCUCGCCACCCUCUUCUUCCUCCUCCUCUCCCCUUCCUCCACCCCCCACUCCUCCACCACGGCCGCCGUCUCAAACGUGGCCCACCUGGCAGCGGUGGGCCUCGCCUCCCACCACUCCCUCUCCGGCGCCACCACCACGCGCAUGCCGAUGCCGACAUCGGCAUGGCCACGGCUCCCAGGGCGCGUCCCGCUGGCCCUGAAGCGCAAAGGCCUGCGCGUCCUCGUCACGGGCGGCGCCGGCUUCGUGGGCAGCCACCUGGUGGACCGCCUGCUGUCCCGGCCGGAAGUCACCAGCGUCAUCGUGGUGGACAACUUCUUCACGGGGCAGAAGUCCAACGUGGCGCACCACGUGGCCUCCGGCGACCCGAGGUUCGAGCUGAUCAGGCACGACGUGGUGGAGCCGAUCCUGCUGGAGGUGGACCAGAUCUACCACCUGGCGUGCCCGGCGUCCCCCGUGCACUACAAGUUUAACCCCGUGAAAACCAUCAAGACCAACGUCGUCGGGACGCUCAAUAUGUUGGGGCUGGCGAAACGGGUUGGGGCGAGGUUCUUGUUGACGAGUACCAGUGAGGUUUAUGGGGAUCCUUUGCAGCAUCCUCAGGUUGAGACUUACUGGGGCAACGUCAAUCCCAUCGGUGUGAGGAGUUGCUACGACGAGGGGAAGCGGACGGCGGAGACGCUGACCAUGGACUACCACCGCGGCGCCAACCUCGAGGUGAGGAUUGCCCGGAUCUUCAACACCUACGGGCCACGCAUGUGCAUCGACGAUGGCCGGGUCGUCAGCAACUUCGUCGCUCAGGCGCUGAGAAAGGAACCACUGACGGUGUACGGGGACGGCAAGCAGACCAGGAGCUUCCAGUACGUCUCCGACCUGGUGGAGGGUCUGAUAAAGCUGAUGGAAGGGGAGCACGUGGGCCCGUUCAACCUGGGGAACCCGGGGGAGUUCACGAUGCUGGAGCUGGCCAAGGUGGUGCAGGACGUCAUCGACCCAAACGCCCGGAUCGAGUUCCGGCCCAACACCGCCGACGACCCGCACAAGCGCAAGCCCGACAUCACGCGGGCCAAGGACCUCCUGGGCUGGGAGCCCAAGGUGCCCCUCGCCAAGGGCCUCCCGCUCAUGGUCAACGACUUCCGCUCCCGCAUCUUCGGCGACCAGAUCAAGCCUGACGCCGCCAAUUAAAUUAACUGGUCGGAACUACUAAGCUGCUGAGAAUCUCCGUUAGUCGUUAAUUCCUGUACUUAGAGCGAUGAUGAAACAGACAGUGCUUGUUUUGCUUGCUCGGUGGUUGGAGUUGGUUGGUUGAGUCGUGACUCGUGAGGAAGGAAGGGAUAGGUGGAUGAGAUAUACAUACACAAGCUCAGUUGUACUAGUUGUACUAAUGAAAGUUGUUGUUUAGCUCGAUCGGGCUUAAUUUUCCGAGUCCUA